GCGGGAGCAGGCCGAGGAGUGCCCGGCACAUCCCCAAACUCACCACGCACCGGACGCCUGUGUCCUCAUGACGAGUGACGGGAGGCCCUGGGGGCUGAGCAGGCCCAGCUAUGGCUCCAUCUCCAGCCCUCCUGGCCCAGGGCCCCAACACGCGCCUCCCAGGGAGACCUACCUGAGUGAGAAGAUUCCCAUCCCAGACGCGAAGCCGGGCACCUUCAGCCUCCGGAGACUGUGGGCAUUCACGGGCCCUGGAUUCCUCAUGAGCAUCGCCUUCCUGGACCCGGGAAACAUCGAGUCGGACCUGCAGGCUGGCGCCGUGGCUGGAUUCAAACUGCUCUGGGUGCUGCUCUGGGCCACCGUGCUGGGCCUGCUGUGCCAGAGACUGGCUGCCCGGCUAGGCGUGGUGACGGGCAAGGACUUGGGCGAGGUCUGCCACCUCUACUACCCGAAGGUGCCCCGCACCCUCCUCUGGCUGACCAUCGAGCUCGCCAUCGUGGGCUCCGACAUGCAGGAGGUCAUCGGCACAGCCAUUGCUUUCAACCUGCUCUCAGCUGGACGAAUCCCGCUCUGGGGUGGCGUCCUGAUCACCAUUGUGGACACCUUCUUCUUCCUCUUCCUGGAUAACUAUGGGUUGCGGAAGCUGGAAGCUUUUUUUGGAUUCCUGAUCACCAUCAUGGCCUUGACUUUCGGCUACGAGUACGUGGUGGCUCGGCCGGCGCAGGGACCGCUUCUUCGAGACCUGUUCCUGCCCUCGUGCCCGGGCUGCGGCCAUUCAGAGCUGCUGCAGGCCGUGGGCAUCGUGGGCGCCAUCAUCAUGCCCCACAAUAUUUACCUGCACUCAGCCUUGGUCAAGUCCCGGGAGGUGGACCGUGCCCGCCGGGCGGAAAUCCGAGAAGCCAACAUGUACUUCCUGAUCGAGGCCUCCAUCGCCCUCUCCGUCUCCUUCGUCAUCAACCUCUUCGUCAUGGCCGUCUUUGGGCAGGCCUUCUUCCAGAAGACCAACCAGGACGCGUACAGCGUCUGUGCCAACAGCAGCCUCCACGACUACGCCUCCAUCUUCCCCAGGAACAACGACACGGUGUCGGUGGACAUUUACCAAGGAGGCGUGAUCCUGGGGUGCCUCUUCGGCCCCGCGGCGCUCUACAUCUGGGCGGUGGGUCUCCUGGCGGCCGGGCAGAGCUCCACCAUGACCGGCACCUACGCGGGACAGUUCGUGAUGGAGGGCUUCCUGAGGCUGCGGUGGUCCCGCUUUGCCCGGGUGCUCCUCACCCGCUCCUGCGCCAUCCUGCCCACCGUGCUCGUGGCCGUCUUCCGGGACCUGAGGGACCUGUCAGGCCUAAACGACCUGCUCAACGUGCUGCAGAGCCUGCUGCUUCCCUUUGCUGUGCUGCCCAUCCUAACGUUCACCAGCAUGCCCGCUGUCAUGCAGGAGUUUGCCAAUGGCCGGCUGAGCAAAGCUAUCACCUCCGGCAUCAUGGCACUGGUCUGCGCCAUCAACCUCUACUUUGUGGUCAGCUAUGUGCCCAGCCUGCCCCACCCAGCCUACUUCGGCCUUGUGGCUCUGCUGGCCGCGGGCUACCUGGCCCUCACUGCCUACCUGGUCUGGACCUGUUGCAUUGCCCAUGGGGCCACCUUUCUGACCCACAGCUCCCACCAGCACUUCCUGUAUGGGCUCCUAGAAGACAGGCAGGCAGGUCGGGAAAGCUCUGGAUGAGACCCCCAGGCCCUGGCUGGGAGAUGGGAUGAAGGGGCAGACUAGCCCCCGGACACAGACAGGCGUGGACAGGAAGGCAGCAAGAUGGAGCCAGACACUCUUGCAAAUCAACUAAAGGUGGUCCUUGGGGACUUACUGUCUCCUAGUUUGAACAAAGGCUUAAUCUCUUGGUCUGUGUCCUCAUCUGUAAAAUGGGGACAACACCAACCUUGCCGUGGGUAUAAAGCACUUUAACGCAGUGCCUGGCACAUGGAACUUUAAAAAAUCAUUCAAAAAUAUUUA